AUGCCCGGAGCUUCGCUACAAAUCGGUAUUGUCGGCGCAGGUGUAGCCGGGCUGUCGGCUGCCAUAGCACUACGCAAAAUCGGCCACGAUGUAGAAGUCUUCGAGAGGUCGCAGUUCAAAAAUGAAGCAGGCGCAGCAGUGUCAAUACCUCCCAAUGGCGGACGCAUCCUCAACCACUGGGGCUUCGACAGCGUGAAGGCCGGAGGAAUCGACAACAUCCAGGUCAGACGACCGAAAGGCGACACGCUUGAACCCAUGGCGCCAACUCUCUCCUUCGCGGACGUCAAGGAGAAGUUCGGCACUCGCUGGCUGUUUUACCACCGUGUGGACAUGCACCGGACGCUCCGGGAACUUGCUGAAGCAGAAGGCGCCAUCAUCCGGCUUGGUCACCAAGUGGUAGACGUAGACAUCGAAUCCGGAACGAUCUCAAUCAAAGACGGCCAGAAGUUCCAGAAGGAUCUCGUCGUCGUCGCCGACGGCCAACACGAUCAGAUCAACGUCAAAGUCACCGGCGUAGAAGUCCCCAUGCAGCGAUCUGGCCAGACCGCAUACCGCUGCCUGAUCCCAAUGGAGGACAUCAUGGCCGACGAAGAAACCAAAGGCCUCUUUGAAAAUCAACCCCCCGGGUUCUGGGCUCCCGCUCUACCAGCAAAGGGCGUCAUGGUCGUCACCUACCCCUGCCGCGACAACAAGAUCCUCAACGUCCUCGCCGUCUGCCGAUCCCUAGCCACCCACGGCACCAGCGAGCAAGAAGUUAUCAAGGACUGGAACUACCCCGCAACCCACGAGGACCUCGAAAGAGUCCUAGACGGCUUCCACCCACACGUGAAAAAAGCCUUCCUCAAGGCCCCCGAAGUCAAAGUGUACACCCAAAUGAAGCGCCAACCCCUCAAGAAAAUGACACGCGGCAAGACCGUCCUGAUCGGCGACGCCUGCCACCCCAUGCUCCUAACCCACGCCCAGGGCGUCUCGUCCUCAAUCGAAGACGCCGCCGCACUGGAGCUCUUCCUCGACAACCUCCCCGCUUCAUCAGGCGUCGACUCCGCCCCCUCCGCACUCCUCCUCCAACGCCUCCAACAAUUCGAGAAAUUCCGCCUCGGCCGCGUCUCCGCCACACAGAUUCUCACCGAGCCCGUCAUCCCGGGCCCGCAAGCAAUGGAGAACUACAAGAAACAGGAAGGCGUGAUCCGGCAGUACUACGACGGGCCCCUCCCUCCCACCGGUUCUGUCCCGCACAGCCCGGGCAUCUGCCAGUUCUUCUUCGGCUACGAUGUUCGUAAGGAGGCCGAGAAGUUCCUUGCGGAGCACCCUUUGAGCAAUGGCACAGAGAAGGCGGCGUCGGAGACAGAACCUGCACCAACGUCAGUCGCCUCUUCCACCCCAGUAGUUGCUCUACUUGCUCCAGUCAUCACCCCAGUUCCAAUCGAUCCCUCAAUUUCCGCGCGCAACAGCUCCUCUGCGCCAACACAAGUACUAACCAAACCACAGCAGCCAGCUCAACAAACUCAAUCUGACGUCCUAGACGCCUCCCGAGCCGUACAAGAAGCUCAUGCCGCUGUUGUCAAGGCCCAAACUGCCCUCACACAGAUGCAGCAGACUCUCGCUACCGCGCAGAAAGCCCUCGAACUCGCCACCAAAAACCUUCAGUCCGCCAACAGCACGCAAAGCUCGACCCCGCCGUCGCUGCCGCCGAAGCCUCAACAACGAUAUUCGACUCACCAGAACUUCUCCCUGCCCACGCCACCUUCGCCAGAACGCAUGAAGACACCAGCCCAACCUCAACCCCAGAUGCAGUCUCAGAAGCAAAUCUCCAGUACCAACAACCGUCCAGCCAAGCCGAAGAAACUCAAGUCCUUCGAGAACCUGAAAAGCAAAUUCGCCGGCGUCUUCAGCGGCGGCUCGCUCGUUACUGUGAAGGAGGUCAAGUCUGAUCGCGACCAAGAGAACGAUGGUGCCGUGCAUGAUGGAAAGAAGGCAGACGCUGGCACCACAGCGACGGCGACUGGAGUGUGGCCGCUGCUUAGGCGCAUUAGACGUUGA